AUGUCUUCAACUCCCAUUCCCAAGAAACGUCGCAUUUUACCAGAAUCCCACUCAACGGCUCAUAACGACCUCUCCUCGGACCAACUCGAAAUGAUUCCAUCUACAACAUCUCAUCAUUCCACAUCUUUCGAUCCUACUCGACCUUCUUUUCCUGUUCAAUUAAUCAUCAACCUCGCUCUAUCUCUCAAUGCUGAUAAAGAUAUUUCUACCCUUCUCUCCCUUCAAAGAGUUUCCAAAGAAGGAUAUAAAGUUACAACUCGAUUAUUUUACGAUAAUGUUCAUUUCGAUAAACCUGAAAAAUUCAUUAAAAUGUUUAAACCUGUCAUUCAAUAUCUUCCAAUUCUAUUCUCUUCAUAUACUCUUCCACCUACCGAAUCAAUCACUUUUCUAGGUUCACCAUUAUUCGAACCCUUUGACCCUUCUCUUGAACCGGACGUCGAACGACUCACUCGAUUAUUAUCAUCCAGACCAUCAACCGGAACCCCAGGAUACACAUCAUCUCAAAUCCCCGUAAUAACCAACCCGUUAGAAACAGACUUCCCUCUUGAAUGGGUAGAUUCACGUUAUCGACGUAUUUUACGUUCUUUCUCUCAUAUAAAAUCCAUAACCCUAGAAUUCCUAAAUAUUCCAAAUGAUUUAAUCUUACCAUUCAAAUGGUCUCAAUGGUCUAUAACGACCUUUUUCGUACCACUUUUCCCAAAUCUUGAUCGAAUGGAGAUAACUCAAAAAGCAUUACAAAGUAUUCCACUUUAUACAAAUGGACAAAAAACUCGUUUAGUAGGUCCACGCGCUUCCGGUUGGUCAGAUUUAGCAGAAUUCUUAUGGCGACUUCGUCCGAAACAUAUUUGUAUAUCUCAAGCUUCUCCACAAGAUUAUGAUCCUACUCCACAUUUAGCUUUUCUCAAUCCUGAUGGUUCUAUAUCAACACAAGAAGGUAUAAUAGAUGGAAGGAUAUUAGAUUUCACUCCUAUGUUGAUGAACGAACCUAAUCAUUUGAAAACUUUCACUAUUCACUCUUGGAAAAUGGAUGAUGAUGUUUCGUAUAUCAUUCAAACGGCAACUCGAUGUGUCGAGAAAGUAAGGGUGAUCUUCCCUUUUAGGACUUGUAGGACUAUUGGGGAAGCGGAUAUGUUACAUUUAGGAGUGGCGGUGAUGAAUAAACCUUUGGAAAGUAUUUUGGAGAUACAAGAUUCGGAAUCGACAAUAGAGAUUGAAGAUAAUGAACGUUUGAAUACUACUCUUGGUCGAUUAUCGGAAUAUAUACAAACUACACCUAAUACCUAUGUUUUCGAGAUUGUCAAUGGUGCACAACGAUUGCGAAACGUUGAAUUUUUGUUGAAAAGUCGUGGGCCAUGUGUAGCGUGUCAAAAGUCCCUUGAUCUACUCAAUAAAAGUUAUGAGAUAAAUGACCAAGCGUUGAUCAAUCAUCUCAAAACUCCCGAUGGUCAAUCCGCUUUAAAAAGAUGGCAAGAAAACCUUUCCGCUUCUCUCGCAUCUCCCGUGGUGACUGUUUCUUUACCUAUCAUCCCUCUUUGUCAACCGUCUCUACCUGUUCUCAAUCAAACGGCUUCAACAAAUGAUGACUUUGACACCCCUCCUGAUCCUACUAAUACCGAGGUCCAUUAUGACGAUAACAAACCCAUCCACCAAGAUCAACGCGAUUACACCAAACCCGAAGAUUAUCAUGAUCUCACUAUUCCACCAGUAUUCCAACAUGACAAAGUCAAUUAUCAAACCUCACCUGACCAAAUUGAAAUCCAAACGAAUACCUCACACUGGCAUCCUUAUCUCCUCAUUAGACUCCAACGUUCUCUUUACAACACUCGUUCAUUAACAAUAGGUUUCGUCAUCCCCCCUCCUGACUUGGAAGUAUCAAUAGCAAGAACAAGUCUGGCUAUUUCCACUUUCCUUGAUCGUCCCCUUCCUAAUCUCCAACGAUUAUGUAUAUCUUCUGCAGCUGUAGAAGGUGCUAGUUUGUUGAAUGACGGAACGGAUCAUUGGCUUACACGACCUGGUCUUUGGGGUUUUGAAGCUUUCAUGUGGCGUCUGAAUCCAACAAGGGUUUGUAUCUCUCAACCUAAUCCAUAUAUCUCUUCGUCUUCAUCCUCCAUUACCUCAACAACGAACGAGAUUGCUCAAGCUCAAUCUCAAGAGACACACUCACAAUUGGUUGAUCCUUCUUCUAAUCCCACGGCCACGUCAAAUGUCAACGAUCCUAUUGUAAACCUCAAUCGUCGAGAGCAAGCUUCACACUUGACUGAUCAACCUUCAACAUCAGUCAUCAGAUCCGAUGAAAAUGCUCCGUCUCAAUCACAAGUCUCCACACCACAACAUGAAAACGAGGAAGGACACAAUAAUGAGGAACAGACCAUUGUUGAGGUAGGACAAAACAACAUUCAUAAUCCAAAUCAGCCUAUCAUUCCUACCAACAUAUCAUCUCAAUCAAAUCAAAGAAUGACACUUCUCCUCUCACCCCUUUGUCCAAAAAAUAACCGGAUAGAUCAUCUCAACGUUCGAGUUUGGACAUUAGAUUGGGAAAUCUUAUCUCUCAUAGCUCGAAAUAUCUCUCGAGCUAAGAUUGUGAGAUUAGAAUUGGUGAUGAGUGAAAGUAAGACGAUAGAAAAGGAUUUAAGUAUGACUUUAGUUGUUUUGAUGAGAGGUAUCAGUUCCGCAGAUUUGUUGAGAAUAGAUAUGGAGGGAUGUUUUCAAAAGGAAGAAAGUGAAAAAAGUGAGAGAAGAUUGAGAAGAUUACAAUAUAUGACAAUCCGAUUUGCUAUCAGUUUAUUUGGUGAUGAGAUGAUAGAGAAUAUUCAUGGACGUAAAAGGUUGAAAGGAAUUCGAUUUGUUUAG